ACUUGGAUGCCCAGGCUCCGGGAGCCUGCUUUGCUGAUCAUCUCCGUGCAAGACCCAGACCUCGUCAUGGGACAUGGGCGCUACAGGCUCCUGGCCGUGGUGCUGCUGGUCGUGAGUGUGGAGCGGGUGCGACCAGGGCAGGGCUCCUGCAGGGACUGCCCCGCGGGUACUUUCUGUGGGAAAACCAAGGCUCCGACUUGCAUCCCCUGUCCCUCCAAUAGCUUCUCCCGCAGCCCUGGACAGGAGGCCUGCAACCUGUGCCGGCGCUGCGAAGGUGUUUUCAGGACGAAGAAGGGGUGCUCCCCCACCAGCGACGCCGAAUGCGAGUGCAUCCCGGGGUUCCACUGCCGAGGGGCCGGGUGCGCCAUGUGUGAGCAGGACUGCGGGCGAGGCCAAGAAGUAACGGACGACGGCUGCAAAGACUGUGACCCCGGGACAUUUAAUGAUCAGAAGCUCGGCACCUGCCGGCCCUGGACCGACUGCGCUCGGGCCGGGAAGGCCGUGCUGGUGAACGGGACGAAGGAGAGAGACGUGGUGUGCGGGCCCCGCUCGGCGGACCCCUCCCCAGCCGCGCCCUCCGCCGCACCCACCCCCGCGCCCGCGCCGGAGCCAGGUCCCCGGCCCCCCAUCAGCCUCUUCCUCCUGGCGCUGGCGUCGGCCGCGGCCCUGGCCCUGCUGCUCCUGCUGGCGCUGCGGUUCUCGGCGGCGGAGCAGGGCCGGCGGAAACUCCUGUCCGUCCUCAAGCAGCCGUUCCUGAGACCGGUGCGAACCGCCCAAGAGGAGGACGGCUGCAGCUGCGGGUUCCCCGAGGAAGAAGAGGGAGAGGAGGGUGCGCUGUGAAUGGGACCCCGAAAGUGGCGGGGACGCGUUGGAGAAGAAGCGAAGGAGAAACAGGAGUGGCCCCACCAUCGUGGCUUUCGCUAUUGAAAUACACGGUCCUAGAUAAUUCCCAGGGUCCCCCACAAGUCCCUUUAAAAUGUACCCCCUUCCACCGAGCACGGCACCAGGCGGGUGGCAAGGGGCAUCUUCCAGACGGUGCCGGACAGGCUAGGGUUAGGCUUUUGUCUUGUUUUUUAAUCCUCACUCAAGGAUAUGUUCCCAUUGAUCUUCAGAGAGAGUGGAAGAGAGAGGGAAAGAGAGAGAAACAUCGAUGUGAGAGAAACACAUCGAUGGGUUGCCUCCUGCACGCGCCCCGACUAGGGCUGGGGCUGGGGAGGAGCCUGCAACCGAGAUACGUACUCUUGACUGGAAUCGAACCCAGGACCCUCUGGUCCACAGGCCACUGCUCUAUCCACUGAGCCAAAUAGGCUAGGGCAGUGGUCGGCAAACCGCGGCUCGAGAGCCACAUGCGGCUCUUUGACCCCUUGAG